AUGGACAGGUUAAAUCGCAUGUUGGCCUCCGCUGGAGGGAUGGGAGGCUUGAGUUCUUCUGCACCUGGAUCUGAUAACCCAAAUUUGAUCGAUAACUCCGAAACCGUAUAUAUCUCUUCGUUGGCGCUGCUGAAGAUGUUACGACAUGGCAGAGCUGGUGUACCCAUGGAAGUUAUGGGCCUAAUGCUGGGAGAGUUCGUGGAUGACUUCACAGUUAGAGUUGUAGAUGUGUUUGCCAUGCCGCAAAGUGGUACAGGUGUCAGUGUUGAGGCAGUAGACCCAGUGUUCCAGACGAAAAUGAUGGAUAUGUUAAGACAGACAGGGCGACCAGAAACUGUUGUUGGCUGGUAUCAUUCACAUCCAGGUUUUGGCUGCUGGCUAUCAUCUGUCGAUAUCAACACACAACAAUCAUUUGAGCAAUUGACACCUCGAGCUGUUGCCGUUGUCGUUGAUCCUAUUCAAUCCGUCAAGGGCAAAGUCGUUAUUGAUGCUUUCCGUCUCAUCAACCCACAAUCUCUCAUGCUCGGUCAAGAACCUCGCCAAAGUACAUCCAAUUUGGGGCAUCUCAACAAACCUUCUAUCCAAGCACUUAUUCACGGCCUCAACAGACAUUACUACAGCAUCGGCAUCAACUAUCGCAAAACCGCCUUAGAAGAGAACAUGUUGAUGAAUUUGCAUAAGCACGUAUGGACUGAGGGUCUCCAGAUGGAUGAUUUCCGAGUCGAGGGAACCCGAAACACCGAGCGAUUACAAAAGCUAGUUGGACUUGCUGAAGGCUAUGAGAAGCGUGUCAAGGAGGAGACAGAGUUGACUAAAGAUCAAUUGAAGACUAGAUACGUUGGAAAGGUUGACCCAAAGAAGCAUUUGGAGGAUGUUGGACAACGACUCAUCGAAGAUAACAUCGUUUCGGUUUCAAGACAGAUGAUCGACAAAGAGGCAUCUGCGCCCAAGGAGAAGAAUGGGGCAAAUGGGCACGCACCACAGGACAUGGAUGUUGACGAAGAAUUGUAA